AGCAAAUAUCUAAGAUUUGUUGCCCGAAGAGAUAGAGCCGCAUCCGCUUCAACAGCUAUUUCAGCCUCGCCUCGGAACCAAAGUGAAGAAAGACGACGAUCCAUUUCCUGAUUCUCUCGCCGAGCUUUAUACUCGCAGGAACAUCCGCCGCCAACUUCUCCUCGUCGCCGUUCACAUGUCCGAGUCAAGAACCGACUUGCCGCCGCCGCGGCCAGCCAAAUCCUCGCUCAAGCCCUCACUCACCGUCCCUCUCCUAUCAAUCUUGGCUCCAAUUCUAGCAGUCACAGUCCUGUACCGACAUGAGCCCUUAGACCCGGCUCCGCUGCCCUUCGAAGGCCUAUCCGUGACGGUCGCUGCCCCGCGGGAGAACGGCCGCAUGCUGCGCGGCGCGGAGAUGGUCGGGGCCGGGCGGAUGGUGGGGCCUGAGGACGUGGCGUACGACCCGGCGUCGGGGGACAUCUACGUGGGCUGCGCAGACGGGUGGGUAAAGCGGGUCAGGGUGAGCGACUCGGGUGGCGACUCCGCGGUGGAGGACUGGGUCAACACCGGCGGGAGGCCACUUGGCCUCGCCCUAGGGCGCGACGGCGAAGUUAUUGUUUGCGACCCCUUCAAGGGCCUACUGAACGUGAGCAAAGACGGAACCAUGGAGCUACUAACAGAUGAGGCGGAAGGCGUGAAGUUCAAACUCACGGACGCUGCGGCCGUGGCCCGUGAUGGGACAAUAUACUUCACCGACGCCUCGUACAAGUACACCUUCAAGGAGUUCAUUUGGGACUUCUUGGAGGGUCGGCCGCACGGGAGGUUCUUGAGCUACGACCCGGCAACCAAAGAAACCAGAGUGCUAGCUCGGGAUCUCUACUUUCCCAACGGGGUCGCGCUCUCGCCCGACCAGAGCUUCGUGAUCUUCUGCGAAACUGUCAUGAGGUGGUGCAAGAGGUACUAUAUAAAUGGCGAUCGAACAGGACAUAUCGACACAUUCAUCCACGGCUUGCCGGGUUAUCCCGACAACAUCAGAUACGAUGGAGAAGGGCACUACUGGAUUGCGCUGUCCACGGGAAAGUCGAUGUCGUGGGAUUUGGCGUUGAAGCAUCCGUUCAUAAGAAAAGCUAUUGCGAUCAUGGAGAGGCUAAACAAACGACCGGCGAUGGAGAAGAACAGCGGAAUUUUUCAAGUGGAUACAGAGGGAAAGCCGGUGGCGCAUUAUUACGAUCCUAAGUUGUCAUUAUUAUCGAGCGGGACCAAGAUUGGCGACUACCUGUACUGCGGCUCCCUACACUAUCCUCACAUCCUUCGCCUGAAAUUGGAUUAGAGGCGUCAUCUCUCAUGUUAAGAUAUUGGCGCAUUUGGAAACAUCUUUGGUCAAAUAAACAAAGUAUAAUGGUGCUUUGAGAUCUGAAUUGGGUGGUAUCAAAGCAGAGUUAUUCCGUCGGUCCGUCUCCCCACCA